AAGUUUGAGCCGACAGAGGAGUAUCCCAGAGAGGACGGAGGGAAUCAACGAGGAAUCCGUCCCUGUAACGUUAUUAAUAACAAGCCUAAACUGCAGUGCAAGAUAAUGUCGGAUGGAGUCCUUUCUCGUGGCGCUUUUGGAUCAAGUAACGAAGGAAACUUCAGCUCGUUGUGUCCAAAUGGCAGUGAAUGGGUUUGGGACGGACUUGGGGAAUGUGCCCAGGAUGCCAGGGACAUGGCCAGUGUAAUCCUUGGACUUUUGUCUAUACUGUGCUUCAUGGUGUCUUCUCUCCCGCAGUACUACAGAUCGUGUAAGACUGGGAACAUGGACAGCGCCCUGUCCAUUUGGUUCCUGUUGCUGUGGCUGGGAGGAGACACUUGCAAUCUCGUCGGUUCCUUUUUAGCCGAUCAGCUGCCACUGCAGACAUACACAGCAGUGUACUAUGUGCUGGCUGACCUGUUGAUGCUCUCAUUGUACUUUUACUACGCGACUAAGAACAAGCUGGCUAACAACAGAGCUACACUCAAUGUGGUAGGCGUUCUCUACCUGCUCGGAGUCUCUACGGUUCUCACUGGCCUGCCAGGCUCCGGUUCCCACAGACCUGAGCUGUCCUCAGGGUUCAAGGGUCGAUCUUUGCUAUCUGUGGUAGAGGAAGAAACUUUUUCGCGUCCAUUCACUACAAAGGAGAUCAUUGGAUUCACCAUCGGCUCCGUGUCUUCAGUCUUGUAUCUGUGCUCCAGACUUCCACAGAUGUACACUAAUUAUAAGAGAAAGUCGACAGAAGGGGUGUCGUACUUUCUAUUUGCACUGGUCAUUUUGGGGAACACUACGUACGGCCUGAGUGUGUUGCUGAAGAACCCAGACAGGGGUCAGGGUGAGGGCAACUACAUCAUCCACCACCUGCCCUGGCUCAUCGGCAGCCUGGGAACACUCAGCCUGGACCUAUUGAUAACGGUGCAGUUCCUGUUGUACAGCAAGCGUCCCGUGGAGAAUGGUUCUGGGGAGGAAAACGCUCCUCUUUUACGUAAUUGAAUUAGUAUAUGUGUGUGUGUAUUCUGGACGGGCUGGUUUGGAGAUGUCGGCAUCUCACAAAGAUGUACACUAGCAACACCUGAGCCCGACUGAAGGAAUGCAGUAGUAUCUUUCUUUCUUUCUUUCUUUCU